CGAUCACGGAACUGCGUAUAUCCCCUCUGCACCACCAAUGCAAACGGAAAAGCAUAAAGCAUACCCGGUCUGCCAGCUACGGAUAAAUCAAAAAGACAUCAUUAAGGCGUUAUUGUUGUACCCACAGUAGCUCUAAUUUUGUCCUUAAAUUCUCGAGUGUCUGCCACCAUAUCACCCUUCCUAAGCAGGACACAUCAACAGUAUACCAGUUUCAUACAUCAUGGCUCUUAAUCGCUCCGUUAAGCUGAAUUCAGGAUAUAGUAUCCCGGCUGUUGGCUUAGGAACAUGGCAGUCAAAACCAAACGAAGUCAAGGAAGCUGUUGCAUUUGCGUUAAAAUCGGGAUAUCGCCAUAUUGAUGCAGCGGCGGUAUACGGAAAUGAAACGGAAGUCGGAGAAGGGAUCAAAACAUCAGGGAUAGACAGGAAAGACAUAUUUGUGAGCACUUAGAUCUUAACGGUUCGCUUAUCAGGUGCUGAUUUAGAUGCAUAGAUCACUGGUAAAUUGUGGAAUACACACCACAAGCCCGAAGAUGUGGAGGAAGCGCUCGAUACGACAUUACGAGACCUCCAGACGGAUUAUCUUGACCUUUUUCUCAUCCACUGGCCGGUUGCAUUCCCGAAGUCUAAAGAGAGCUUUCCCGUUGAUCCCAAAACCGAGGAAAUCAUUGUAAUCGAUGUUCCAAUCAAAGACACAUGGGCUGCAAUGGAAGGUCUCGUGAAAAAGGGAAAGAUCAGGAGUAUUGGAGUUAGCAAUUUCACCAGAGAAAAAGUCGAGACUCUGUUAAAAACUGCAACCAUUCCACCAGCUCUCAAUCAAAUUGAGGCACACCCUUAUUUGCAACAACCAGAAUUGUUGGAGUGGCAUAAAUCUCAAAAUAUUGCAGUAGCGGCUUACAGUCCACUUGGCAACAAUAUCUACAACUUACCAAAAGGCGUAGAUGAUCCUACCGUGCUCUCUGUGGCGAAAAGCCUUGGAAAACAGCCUGCUCAACUUCUUAUUAGCUGGGCUGUUCAGAGAGGUACCAUAGUUCUCCCAAAAUCCGUUACACCGGCGCGUAUAAAGGACAACUUCCAAGGUUGGUGCUCCCCAGACGCUCAGAUUUCAAGGGAGUUAAGCUAAUUGUUUUCAGACUUUGAACUGCCAGAAGAUGCAUUUCAGAAAAUAUGCUCUCUGGACCGGAAUCAUCGAUACAACUUCCCUGCACGGCUAGGAGUGGAUAUCUUCGGUGAGGUUAGCCCGGAGAGUUUGAGGAAGAGUGUCGAAGAUUGGAAGGAAGCCCAGAGAAAGUUGCGUGCUGCAUGAAUAGAAUACCAGUACUUGUUGAAUAGCAGAAUAGAAGCUCCUUAUUGGCCAAUUCAUUGAAACAAAAUUCCUGAUCAUGACCGGAUCUCAAAUUUGUGGAUGCAACACUUACCCGGGCAUUACCAGCUCUAUUACGUUUCUACCCCACCAUACAUCCGGACUUCGGCAAUGAUAGCUUCCAUUUAAGUUCGCAUAUAGUUCUUGACUGCUCAUCCACAGUUAGACAAUCGUCACGAAAUUCAUCAUGCCGAAGAUAUCAUCCAUUGAAUACUUUCGUGUA